AUUUCCGUGGGUUCCGCACGAAUCCAUUACUUCUUCGUUAUGUACCACCUCUUUCUAUAGUAUCAGGAUCUGUAAAAUCUGUUUACAUACUUACCUCCUAUAUAUUACUUGUGUAUACAUAACUUACUUGGUAUAAACUAUAGAAUUGUUAUGUCCAUCGUGUAUUAGAUGAAACGAGUUUCAAAGGAAAAGAGCGUAACAAAGAUAAGUCGCAGCGACGUACGUAAAAGUACUUGCUAUACCUACUUAUCCUACCUACUGUAUACCACGGAAAAAGCGUGCAAUUGAAAAUGUCUCUCAACGAUUCGUCGAUUCUCAAUUCCGAAAUUUCUGACCGUUUCAUUUUCGGAUGGACCGAUUACGUCCUUUUCGCUAUGAUUCUAACGGUCAGCAUCCUGAUUGGAAUUUAUUUCGGCUUUUUCAGCAAGCAAGACACAACCAUGGAAUAUCUUUUAGGUGGAAAGAGAAUGGGAUUCUUCCCAAUAGCAAUGAGUUUAAUAGCCAGCCAUAUAUCAGGUAUUACGCUAUUAGGAGUACCAUCCGAGGUCUAUCAAUACGGAACUCAAUAUGCGGCCUGCAUUAUUACGUCGAUCCUUUCGUGCUUCAUCAGUGCUUACGUAUUUCUGCCGGUUUUCUUCAAACUCCAACUAACCAGUACCUUUGAAUACUUGGAAGUCAGAUUCAGCAGGCGGGUUAGGAUACUUUGCUCUCUUUUAUUCCUCAUAUCGUUACUGAUGUAUAUACCCAUCGUAAUCUACGUACCGGCUUUGGCAUUCUCUCAAGUAACCGACUUCAGUCUGCAUACCAUUACGCCCGUCCUUUGCGCCGUUUGCAUCCUUUAUACGAGCAUAGGUGGCUUAAAAGCGGUCGUUUGGACGGAUACGAUCCAGUUUACUGUUACGAUCGGAGGUUUAUUCGCCGUUCUUAUCUUAGGUAUAAAAUCUGUUGGCGGAGUAUCGGAGGUAUGGAAACGCUCCGAGAUGGGUAAUCGUCUAAUAUUCUUCAACAUGGAUGUCAGCCCUUACGCUAGAAAUACAUUUUGGGGAAUGACGAUAGGAAUGACGACGACGUGGCUCGUACAUCUUGGUAUACAUCAAGGAUGCGUUCAGAGGUACCUUUCUGUACCAAAAGAAAGAGAUGCGAAACGAGCGCUGGGCAUAACAGCUGUGGGUUUGAUCGUCGUUAAGCUCGUUUCCGUUUUCACGGGAUUAAUCAUAUUCGCCAAAUAUUAUGAUUGCGAUCCUUUGCUUUCCAAGACAAUAAAAAGGGCCGAUCAAAUCUUACCUUAUUACGUAAUGGACGUGGCAGGAAACGUACCAGGACUGCCAGGUUUGUUCUUAGCCGGUCUUGUAAGCGCAGCUCUCGCCACAAUGAGCGCUAGCUUAAACACCAUGUCCGGUACGAUCUAUAAAGAUUUUAUCGAGCUCUGGAUACCGGACGGGCCAAAAAAAGAAGCUCGAGCAGCUACCAUCAUGAAGAUAAUCGUACUUAUCAUUGGCGGAAUUUCGGUAGGUUUAGUUUUCGUCGUCGAACAUCUAGGGACAGUUUUCCAAAUGGCCAUUAGCAUACGCAGCGUGACCGAUGGCCCUUGGCUCGGUUUAUUUCUACUCGGAAUGUUGUUCCCAUGUUCCAACGCGGAAGGAGCUCUUUUAGGUGGUUUCGUGUCCUUGAUCGUUAUGUUUUUCUUAGCCGGAGGAUCGGAAUGGUACAUAGCAAAUGGACAAAUUCAUAAGAUUUUAUUGCCAGUGUCCAUCGAGGGAUGUUCUUAUCCGUUAAACGAAACAGAUAUCACCACUCGAGCUCCGUUAACGCUAAACGAAGAACCAAUGGGCAUCUUCAAGAUAUCCUUUAUGUACUUUACCCUUAUAGGCUCGCUAAUUGUCGUUGUAGUAGGUGUUAUUGGAAGUUAUCUAUUUGGUAAUGUCGAUCUAACUGAGAUCGAUCCUGACCAUAUAUCUCCGAUAAUGAAAAGGUUCCUGCCACGUAAAGAAUAUACGGAAGUAUCAUUAAAAUCAAUGCCGGAGGAAUUCGAAAUGAGUAAGGACAUCGAUCGUCAAAUAAUAAAGAAACAGAACGAGUAAAGACGAUUAGCGUGGCGAAAAGGAACGUAUCCUACCAAGACGAAUACUCUAUAUAUAUAUAUAUGAAUGUAUGUAUGUGUAUGUAUGUAUGUAUGCAGCUUGAAUGGAAAUAUACGUGAAAAGCACAGAGAGAAUCGAGGUUGAUCCUGAGUGGACCAAAUAGAAAGCACACGCAGCUUCUUUAUCGAUUUGCAAGCGCAAGCGCCGGUCGACCUGCCGUUCUCGGCACGCAUCGACGAAUCCCGGCUAUUUUCGGCUACGCAGUACCGUUUCAAACGGCCUGUCGCGGUGAAUCCGUAUUAGAAGAGCAAUCAUUCGUCUUCGGGCUGCGUAUCGUUUUUCAAAGUCGUCACCAUCACCGGCCGUAUUCCUCCUAGAGAGGUUGAAAAGGGAAAGGAUCGUUUGUGUUUCCAAAAAAAAAAGAAUCCAUUGCUAAUUGACUAAUCGCUUUGAUGCAAUGGACGACGGCUGCAACGACGACGACGACGAUGACGACAACGACGAUGGCGAUGACGACGACGACGACGACGACGACGACGACGAUGGCGAUGACGACGACGACGAUGGCGACGACGACGACGGCGACGACAACGAUGAAUAACAAAAUGAAUGACAAUAACGAUCGAGAAAUAAUUUUGAAAAUAAUAAUGGAAAAUUGGUCUCAAAAUUUCAUCUCGCUAUUCGUCUUAACCCGACUCGGCUCUACUCGGUGAUAAGAAAUUAAAAUGAGGGGAAAAAAAUUGAAAAUAAGAUGGGGGAAAGAUCGAACGGUAUGAUACAGCCCUGUAAAACGUUCCUCGCGGCUGCUCGGAGGUGGACGGUCGUCCUCGCUUACCUCCUCGAGGGUAAAACGACCGCGCCUACACGUGGAGUAAGCACCAGCAAUUCUCGUCGUCGGUUAAGUCUCGAACGGAGGGAGUUUCGGCCGUGCCGUGACACGAUCAACAAGUACAUACGCGGCGUAACGAUGCACGCAUAAGAUCGCUCUCGCUUUGGUUAACUUUCUCUCAGCCGCGUGCGCUCUGUUUUUGCCUCUUGUCUCGUUCUUCCGUUUCCUUUCGCUCGAUCGACCGCAAUGUUUAUAAUCGCCAGGACUUGAAAGAAUCGUAGAAGGAGAAGUAGUGUACGGUGCUCGUUUUACGAUCAAAGUGUCGUGUAAACCGAAAGAAAUUCUUAUCCGAACAGACUGGUCAAAUCAAGCUCCGAUCGAAGUCACUGAUUGCAGUAAAGAAAAAAAAUGAAAUAUUUUGGGCGCAACUCGGACGCUCCGUUGAUAACGAGUAAAAUAGGAUUUAGUCGGUAUGACGAAACGACAUGCAUUCCUUCGACUUGACGUUCGUCGCUCGAGAUACUCUUCGAGGGAAAGCGCGAGGAGUGCUCCGCGAAAUGCGAAAUGCGAAUACGCCGGAACGAAUUCCAGAAAUAAUAUUAACCGAAGGACGAUUCAGGAGGUGGAAUAUUUACUUACGUUAGACCGCCGUCUUGCUUUUAAUAAUAGAUAAAAACGUAGGGGCGGGCUCGCGCGCCUGAAAAAGAACGAAAACGGUUCACAGUUUAACGAGACGAACUCUCGACUAUUAUCUCAUCGUGCUGCACCAUUUCGACAUUUUCGAUUGAACGACGUUUUUCCCUAAAUUUUACCCUCGGUCCGGCUGGAUUUACAAAAAGAAAAAAAAAAAGAAAAAAAAAUCGAAAGAAGGAGAGAACGUCGUCAUUUCGCAGUAAGAUAGUAAGAUAGUAAUUUUUUUUAACGAGAUAGUUGAACUAACGAGAUUGCUCGUCGUUGUUCAUCGAUCGAUCGAUCGAUCGAUAACCGUGCUUCGUCCCUCUAAUCUCUAAUUUGUAAUCUAAUACGUUAAUAUAAUUUAUUCAAAGUUCGUUCCGCGAUGACGUCACAGAGAUCGAGUAAUGCUACGACACGUAUGUCCUAUUGGAAAUGAUGUCGUUGCCGUACAAAGGUCUUCUUGGAUCGUCCAUACUGUUAAUGAUCGCUCUGGUUGCCUUAUUGACGAGCAAGCGGUACGGCUUGGAAACGCGUAAAAAGGAUAAGGACGCUUUGCUGCUCGAUAUUAUAGCAAACAUAAGCGGCACCAUAGAUAAACUCAGCACUGGCUUCGACGGGAUGGCGAUGGAAACGGAAAUGGCAAGGAGUCGGCUCAAGCAACUGGUUGCCCUUCAUCGGGAGAAUGCUGCAAUUUGUGCGAUGAUGCAUGAGCAACGAAGAAAGAAAAUAUUAAGGAAAGCGACGAAGCGCGUGUGACAAAUUCGAGCGUCAUCAAAAUAUGUCGAAACACUAGCCGAGAAUCGGACAGUUUUAAUUUAUCGACUCGGGAUCAGAUGUGAAACUCUGCGCUAUGGUGUAUAGUAAUAUAUCUUACUUCUUAAAUACCAAGAUACGAGAUGAUAAAUGUCAAAAUAGACGAACGAUAAAAUAAUGAAGUAACACUUGAGCCGAUGUCGACUUCUAAAUAAAUUUCGAAAGAUUCGUAUUAAAUUAUUUCUUUAUACGCCUCUUAUUUUACUACGUAUACCAUAUAUCGAUAUUAAUUGGUUUAACUUUGUGCGAUCUACCGAGGUAUUGUGAAAGAUUAUCCACGUAGGAAGGAAGCAUCGCUUCCAAAUAUAACAAAUUCUUCUUCUUCAUGGGAAAAAGAAUAAGCACGAAUUGUUGAUUAUUAGCAAGACGAUGACUAACUUUAACUAGAUUUACAAAUGCGAAUGUUGAGUAACAUCUGAUACUGUCUACUAUCACGUUAACUAUACAUAUAAUAUUAUACGGUGCGAUAAUUUUUAACAGGAUGCGAAACGGGAACGUAACUUUCCAGGCGAGAACUUGAUUGCUUACACACCUUGCAAUUAUUGAUAUGCAUACACACACACACACGCGCGCGCGCGCGAUAGACAGUCCAAAGAUACGUUUUCAUCGAUAUACCCUUAAAUACAGUUUGACCAAAUCGCAAGGUGGAACGUAAAUCGCAAUAUAAAUAGAAUUUUGAGAAUUGUGUCGCGCGGAAUUGAUUGAAGUUUAUUUACCGAUAAAGGAGACAUAGAACGAACAACCUAAUUCUCUACUGGACUCGAUAGAGUUAUAUUAUAUAGUAUUAUAUGCCUAACAGUAAUAGUAUCGUAAGUAAAAUAUCGUAAUAAAAAUAUUUAAAAAGGCAUAUAUUUGAAUGAAGAAAACGACCCAAUGAAAUAAUCGCCUUCAUUAAAACGUUGAUGUCUCCUAAGAGACGGCUCCAAAAAAAAGAGAAAAUCAUUCGAAAAAAGACAAUCAUUCGAAAUAUCUACAAAUAGAACAUUUAUUUUUAAUAACGUUGAGUUUUUAUUCUCAAAUAGAUAAGAGAGUGAAAGAUAAGAAAUAAUUUCUUCGAUAUAGGGGCCAAUGACCUACUCGAUGUCCCAAUUAAAUAAGAAAUAUAAUCGUCAAUGUGAAACGCUAUCCCUACCAUUUGAUAGCUGGAUCACAAAUAUGGAAAAUCGAUAAUCUACAGGUACUCGAUUGUUAAUACGUAGGUAAAAUGCAGCACUUCGUUACGUAAAUUACUUUUGUACCUUAAGAAAAAAGUAAAAGAAAGAUACGAACUCGAUGGUACAAUUUGCACUCAUGCACAUUUCAGUUCGUGACAAAUAUAAUGACAAAAACUCGAUAACCCAGCCCCAAUCGAUGAUAUUACGUUCCGAAAAUACACGAAUAAAAUUAUCGUGUCACAUUAUAUGUAAGGUCGUAUUCGUGAAAAAUAAUACAACGAAACUAUAUUCUCGCGGUAAAUACUUUGCGAUAUCAAAUUCUUGUUUCUUACGUUAAAAGAAUCAUUGUCGUACUGUCGUCGCCUACGCAAUAAAAUUUACAGAUAUAAUACUUACAUAUAUGCGAAUAGUUAAACAGAUUCUCUCCGUUAGGAAUUGAAAUAACCUUGCAUGUAUAUUAUUAUAUCUAAAUAAAUUUAAUAAUAUUAAUUUCGAACGGACCAAACUGUUAAAGCUGUUAUUUAUUUAAGAAGGCAUGGGAUACGUUAUAAAAUUAAUUCGAUCGUGAAUGCAUGCUUUCGUCGUCUUCUCAAUUAUUUUUGUAAUCCUAUCUAAAGAAACGAAUAAAGCCAUUCGUCAUGAA